CGCCAUGGGCCUGGAGAAGAAGGAUGUGAUCACGGCAGGAUUGGCUGCUCUCGUCUCGUGGUUGCUGCUCACGCACUGGGUGCCGUCGUUCCGCUGGAUUCCCUACGCCUUUGUUACUGGUUGUCUCGCAACCCUCGUAGGCUUCGCAUUCCUCCUCGUAACCUCUUCCAAAGGUCCCAACUACCGCUACAACCAUGCAACUACCAUCAAACCCCCGGCCUUCGUCACCCCUGCGCUCUGGAAGCAAGAGAAGGCUGCCCUAAAGACGCGCUCACGAUACGACAAAACGCCAAUCUACCCUUCGUCGGCAAACGUCUCGCUGAGCAUCGACGGCCUGCUGGACUAUGUCCUCCGCGACUUCAUCAUCGUGUGGUACAAGAACAUCAGUCUUCGACCGCUCUUCCAGAACGAGGUGGAUCGUGCCAUCAGGCAAGUCCUGGACAAUGUGCGCAGGAGAACCCAACAACUCGACAUGGUCGAACUCGGUGUCGCCAGGAUCGUCCCAAUCUUGACGAACCACAUGCGCGACUUCUACAAUGCCGAGCGAAUCGUCAGAGGCAAGAACCUGUCUCGCGACAUGACCGAGUCUGAAGAGUUGGAUCUUGCUAUCGCCGCCAAGUUCAGAGACGGCAAGCUUCAUCCAGCCGCAGCUCUUGCCUUCUCCGAUACCAAACUUCUACAGCAGACUCAUCUGCGUCGCCUGGUUUCUAAAAUACUGCCCCUGGUCAUGCCAGAGUAUAUGAAGACCAGUGCAGCUGUGUCUACUCUGAUCAAGGAGAUUGUCGCCUGUGCUGUCCUCACUCCUAUCGUAUUAAUGCUUUCCGACCCUGACUUCUUUAACCAACUCAUUGAAAACUCUGGACGUACCAUGCUGCAGGAUCGCAAGUCUGUUCGCAAACUACGAGCUGCACUAGACGAGCAUGCUGUGCCUGCCCCUCAGAAUCCCAAAGCUGGUCAGUUCCCUCGCCUCAGGCCAAACGAUAACGAAAGACAGUUCGAAAGGUUUAUUCGUGCGACCCGCAAUUGUGCCACUCUUUCCGACGCUAGGCGCUUUCGCAGUGAAAUCUCCAGUCAAGUUCGAAAGGCCACUUCUGGCCCGGAGCAAGAUCCUGUCUAUCUUCGUCGCCUGGAAUCUGGGCGUCGCAUUCUGGAUCAGAAGAUUGCCCACUUCACCGCUGGAGGUACUUCUAGGCCCAAACUGACCGUAAAAGCUUCUACGUCUAGUGUUGAGCAAAGGUCGAGGUUGAGUCAAGCCUCCUUAGAUGAAGUGCUGCACAAUGCAUCUGGACUUUCGUACUUUAUGGAGUUCAUGGACAGGAAGGGUCGUAUGCGUCUUGUACAAUUUUGGAUCGUGGUGGACGGUUUCCGUAAUCCUCUCGAGGCAGAUAACGACGAGCCAGAGCCGGAGCUUCAAGACACUCCUUGGACCCCCUCAGAUAGAAUGGAUCUGGAGCAGAUGUACGAAGCCUAUCUCACAAAACCCGAGCUCAACGUACCGGAUCACGACAGGCAGGCGGUACGAGACUUUCUGAGAGCCGGCAAAUCAGCAGAUGCUCGCCUUUAUUCGCCUCGGGCGCCUGAGCUCCGGAGACCAGCUAUGUCGUCUAGUGAUCUGAAGAGCUUCAUCAAACCCAGUGUUGUCGCCAGCCCUGUACGGCAGUCAAUAGAUGGUGGGAGACCUCGACCAUUGUUUGAUGAUGAUGUCGAGGAUGAACGUAUGACUCGAUCUGUCUCUGCACUCAGUAGCAUGGAUCUAGAUAUCGAGGGCGACCAACAUCAGGAUGACUCCGCCCAAGUUGUUGAUGCUAUGCAAGCUGCUCUGAACGAAAUCAUGGACGAACCAGACAAUGGUUCGAUCCUUUCCUCGGAGAAUUUAGGCAUGAGCAAUGACUCGCCAAGGGCCUCCCUAGAUGGUGCAAGACCUACUCUAGCCCAAACGAGAUCGAAACCUAGUAUUGCUUCUCUGGGCUUAGUCGGAGCAGUAUCAAGUAAAGGAGUCUUUGAGGACGAUUUGUUCGGAGAAGAGGAAAAGUUUGCUGAAGAUGAAAAAGAGGAUUCUGACUUAGCAGACAAAUCGAUCGAGGAUGACAUUCACGAGGCUGCCCCUGGUGAUCUGGGACUCACAGAGGCUAUUAGCACUCUCAACGCAGACAUUGAUCGACUGACAGCUCAAGGUGCCAUUCUGGAUUCGUUGACAAAGAAGGCGGAGUUGACCAACAAUGCAGCUGAACUGCGGAUCCUGCGCAAGUCGAAGCAGAGUUUAGCAAGAGAGAUACACCGCAAAGAGAUGCAAAAACAACAAUAUACCAUCCAGGAAAGCGACAAUAGCUUGUACGGAAGAGCUGCUGUCAACAUCAAGUCGAUCAUGGUAGGUAGAGAAGAGGACGGUCACGAGUUUGCGCUCNNUAUGCCCGCUGCAGUGUGGAUGGUGACUAGACGAUACAGCGAGUUCCAUGAGUUGAAUAAGCGUCUUCGAGAGAGGUUCCCUGCUGUCAGAAACCUUGAGUUCCCACGGCGACAAACACUGUUCACAUUACAGAAAGACUUUUUGCAAAAACGAAGAGCUCUGCUUCUGAUUCCGGCCAUCUGCCGUAGUAGAGAACUCCGCGCUUUCCUGUCUCAAUCACGAAUCACAACAAAUGCUAAUGGCAGUCAAAUCGACGAGAAAGACUUUGUGACAAGAAUUUACAACUCAGUCACAGACGGCAUGGAAGAGUUUUUGGGGAACAUCCCGGUUCUUGAUCAACUCUCCGUCGCCGGUCAGAACCUGAUCUCAGCAGCGACUGCCCAAAUGAGUGGAGUACCGCUGAACCCCAACGCUCCCGAGUUCUCAUCGGAUCCAGCCCACGCUGCAGAAGCUGAAGCCGAAAUCAAUGCUUUCGAGGAUCGAGAAGCAGAACCAUUCGUCAAGCCUAUCUGCGACAUCUUCCUAGAGAUAUUCGAACUACAGAAAGGCACCAGCUGGCUGCGAGGGCGUGCGGUAGUUGUUGUGUUGCAUCAGCUCCUCGGAGGGACCAUUGAGCGCAAAGUUCGUGAUGCAGCGAAAGGGUUCGGACAGGAAGAUUCAAUACUUCGCUAUCUAGAUCUCGUCAAGAAUAUCAUGUGGCCAGACGGUCAGAUGAAACAAGGCGGUGUUCCACGAACGGUGGCGCAGAAAGCGGCUAGUCAGAAAGAAGCAGGGCUCUUGCUCGCGACGUUGGUGCCGGAUCUGGCAGGAAGUGUGGUCGGAAGACAGAAUGCUCAGGCGGCGAGCAGGAAGGUGUUUGCAAUGCUGAAUAACCAGCGGUUGAAUACACAUCUGGUGUUCACACUGUUAGAUGAACUGAUAGGAACUGUGUUCCCUGAAGCAGUUACACGA